AUGCUCCCCAACUACAACAACCACUGGCAAGAAGCCAGACAUAGAAACACUAAUCGUCAACCAAACCAAUAUCACGUACCCUACAACGGCCCUGUCUUCCAUCGACCUCUACCACCUACCAAUCGCCGACCACCAACCAACCCAUCCAGCUAUAUCCCACCCCAUCGCCGACCUACCUACAACACAGCCUACCAAUCAAGAGGUAACCAUCGACCUGACCAACAACAGAAACGACUACCAGCCCACCGACGCCAACCAGUCCCCACUACUCAUAAGGAGGAAGAACCCUUUGUGAAAGGGUUCUUCCAAGUUUUGCAGUGCCUCCAUCAUUUGGCAAUCCUUACCCUUCAACAGCAAGGCCAACCAGCGUUUACCUUCAAACGCAAAGUCUCUGAGUUGGAUAGUUUUAUCCGUCCAGCAAUAAAAACAUCAGCUGUCGACGCGAAUAUUAGAUCCCUCAAUCGGACAUGGCUCUGUAAGGUUACGCAGGUCCUGAUCGACCAUUACCAAACCACACUUCAAGAGAAGCUGACCACCAUUCGUACCAAGUCUUUAUCAUCACCUGCCGUCGACCGCAUCGUUUCUCAUGCCCUGUCCUGGGCCCGUCGCUCCCAUGGGAAACGUCUCACUCAAGCUGUAAUCUCCAAAUUCUACCAAACAAUCAACGAAACAAAAACCAGAGUAACCAUAUCUCUACCAACUGAAAUGGACACUACACCUGCACCAUCUAGAGCCACCACGCUGCCGAACCAAACCCCUAAACGAGCCCGAAGUUCAUCUACUCCUAGUCCAGCAGACAUAGACUCGUCUUCCCCUUCCACACCAUCUGAAUCUUCACCACGUAAUCCAGGAUCCGCCAACCUUUCUUCCUUCUGUGCGUUUUUGGACCAGCAAACCACCCCUCAGUCUCCAUCCAAGUCGAGACGUGUAUCCAGACCUUCCCCCCCUCGAACCAGAUCCCAGUCCGUUCCCAAUGCUACAAUUCUAACAACUACCAAACCAGUACCAAUCACACCGUCGACGACCGUUAUAUCCGCUACCAAACCGUAUUAUCACCAAACCAAGGACAAAUCAUUAUGGAAGCUACCUGCUCUAAAGAAAUCUACCUUAAUAAUUGGAUCAUCUAACCUGAAUCGAAUUACCAAAACCAGUUCAGACACCGAAAUACAUUCUUACCCCGGUGCCCAAAUCCAUCACAUACAGUCAAUCCUGGAAUCAUACGACCAUGAUCCCAAACCUACUACCAUUAUUCUUCAUAUCAGAAUAAGAACAGAAGAAAACCCAAUAUCAAGACCCUUAAUCCUAAUUUCUAAAUAA